AUGUCUCGUCGUCGAAUAUCCCACAGCGAAAUGAAUGAGGCCCUCGCCUACCCCUUCAUGCAGUCCAACGGUCAAUCCAACGGUCAACCCCCUCGUCGAGGUCCUAUCGAAGGUCCCGAUGGCCGUCGUCUCAUCCGUCGCGUCACAUGGCGCUCCUCCACAUACAAACUCAUGGCCACCCUCUGGGUGCUAGCCGUCCUCUACAUCGUCUGGCUAGUCCGCGACCUCUUCAUACCCUCCGAAUCCGAAUCAACCCCUCCUGCUCAACCCGAACAAAAUUAA